AUGCAUCAAAUCUCUUCAUCUGAUGCCCUAGCAGCUCAAAUGGAAAUUAUGAACAAGAUCAUGUCACAGAUGUUAUCUUCUAUCAAGUCAGUUGGGUCUGUUGCUACCUCAGUUGUUUCACAACCAGCUCCUGCUCCAGUUUGUAGCAUUUGUGGUGUUCCUGGUCAUGGGGGAGAGUGUAUUGGCAUCUCAGUUGCAGAAUCAUCAGCUCAGUCAAUCCAAGAAGUGAAUUAUGCUCCGUCUCAAGGUCCAUAUUCUCAUAAUUAUAAUCCUCAGUGGAGACAACAUCCCAAUCUCUCUUACAAGAAUAAUAUGCCAGCCCAAUCAUCAUUUUUCUCAAGUGUUUCUCACCCAGCUCAGCAACAACCUCAAUCUCAAACAGCAAUUGAGAAGCUUAUGGAGAAGCAAAUGGAGAUGAUGGCUAAUAUGAGCAAAACCCAGAUGGAGAUGAUGUCUAAUGUGAGUAAAACUCAAAUGGAAAUGUUGAAUGCAGUUCAGAAGCUUGCAAAUAAGAUGGAGGACAUAUUUGUGAACAAUGGAAAAGGAAUAGCAGAGGCUAGAUUGCCUGCUCAAGCUAAGAGCAACCCAAGGAACAUGUGUGGUGCUAUCACAACAAGAUCUGGUAGAACAACAGAACCUUUAUUACCCACACCAAGCAUUCCUAGAAACUAUGUUCCACCUCAGCUGAGAACAGAGAAAAAUAGUAAAAAUGCUGCUGAGGAAGUUGUGCAGAAGAAAAGCCAAGCUAGUACAAGUGAGAAUUUGAUUGAUGAAGCAAUUCAGAAAUCAAAACAGAAGCUCCCUUUUCCAGAAAAGAAUGAUAAAAGCAAAGAAGACAAACACUAUGCAAAGUUCAUUGAAAUGAUGAAAGAGGUUCAGAUCACAAUUCCUAUACUUGAGGCAGUGCUCCAUGUGCCCAUGUAUGCAAAGUUUUUCAAGGAAUUACUGACUAAGAAGAGAAGCAUAGAUGAGCCAGGGAUUGUCACAUUGACAAAGGAGUGCAGUGCCAUGAUUUUAAACCAAAUGCCACAGAAGCUAGAAGAUCCAGGGAGUUUUGGAAUUCCCUGUGUUGUGGGAAACAGAAAAUUCAGUGCCUUGUGUGAUUUGGGAUCUUCUGUCAGUGUUGUUCCUCUAUCAGUUUGUCAAAGUAUGAAAUUAGGAGAAUUAGAGUCAACUCCCCUCACAUUACAGCUAGCAGACAGAACUCUUAGGAAACCAGCUGGAGUUCUUUUGGAUGUCCCAAUUAUUGUGAAUCAAUUUGCUUAUCCUGUGGAUUUUAUUGUGCUUGGGAUGGAAGACAAGACAGAAGCUGUAAUCCUUGGGAGACCUUUCCUCGCUACUGCUGGAGCUUUAAUUGAUGUGCAGAAAGGGAAGUUAACUCUGAAAUUUGGUGAAGAUGAAUUAAUCUUUGAUAUGAAGCAUCCAACUAAUUUACCUCAUUGUCUUGAGGAGUGCUUAUCUGUUGAUAUUAUAGAUGAGUGUGUUGCUGAAGGAUAUAAGGUGGAAUUGAAUCAACCAGUUGAAGCAAAACUAGAUGAAAAGUGGCUGAAACUUCAGGAAGUUCAGAAGAAGAAUCAGGAAGUUCAAAAAACAGAAUAUGUUUCUGCAGUGAUGAUUUGA